UGGGGCCCUCCUUCUUCUGGAAUGAGGUACUCCGAUACUGCUGGCGUCCAGUCAAGAAGUGAAACCCCCAGAACUGAGCCUCUACUUUAGUCUAUCCUCUUUGGUUCUAAGUACAUUGCGCUGGUAGAGAGGAGAAAAUUCAAGGGAACAAACUCACUCAUUGGUUGGCGCAUUGGGCGAUCUAGCCUUUUCAUUACUGCAGCUCUUGACUUUCUCCUUCAAUUCCAGCGAUUGACCAAUCAACUUUAGCCCCAUGAGCCAGCAGAUAAACCAGUUGGUCCCUGCCAUGCCACCCCUCAACCCUCAAAAACAUCCCUCUAGCCGAUGCGCAUCUCUCGAAACUUUUCCAUUCUCACGGGACAAUGUGAAAAAAGGGGGUUUAUAAGUUGAUUGAAGAGCGGUAAUGGCGACACUCCAAAGGUUCAUAGGCUCACGAGGACAAUAUACUUAAACAAAAAAAGAUGUGAUAAAUUAUACUUGAAUGCUCACAAUUUAUCUGGGUAAUUAAACCAUUAUAAAUAAAUGUUCGUAGCCAGUAGUUUCUCAUCAUUGUUGACGUAUUUAAUAUGAGACGGGCAAAAGCUGUUGCCAGAAUACAAUGAAUUAUCGAAAAAUUGGAUUUGAUAAAAUUUGAAAUGGGUUUUAAUGUCAAGUGGAAAGAGAUUGGUUUGUGACAGGUCUAGUCCCGAGGAUUUUCAACUGCAAAAUCAUUGGGUGGACCCGUCAUAAGCUCUGUCGGGUGGGGGUGGGGGGAGGGGGAAUAUUAAUUUCACACAUUCAACCCCCGAGUGAUGAGCGAAUCUCGGCAUCAUCUUCGCUCCGUCUCGGAUUUGUACGCUGCAGACGAAAUUGAAGUAUUGUUGUUGGAAGAAAUAAGGGAUCUGGAGCCACCGCCAACGGCGUAUUCAAGACCCGAGGAUAUACAGGACUUCGAAAUUGCAGGGAGUCGAACUGGGGGAGCUAUAAGCUCCCACUCGUCAGAGCUGGAUUCACCAGGAGUACACUCAACUGUCCACUCGUGGGACUCGCAUGAGAAUUACCAUGGUCCUUAUGGACACGGUAAUCAUCGGCAUGGCUCUUCCGGAAAUGCACUGCCAUGGCCUCGUGCCAGCCACUUGGUCCUUGUCUGUGACAUACAGGGUCAUCUUAAAACUACCAUUGGUGUUGUCAGAAUUCUCUUGCUCAUAACAUCGGCAGCAUGUUUAGCCACAUUAUGCAGUUCUGGCACAGCAAGUGUCAAUCUCUUCAUGCUGCCACUCGUCGAACGCUUAAGAUUCAUGAUAUUUAUCACUGUAUUUUGUCUCCUAGUCACAAUUCUACUUCUCUUCCUCGAUAUUACACACGUUGUUUAUAUGUUUCCUCUCAAUUGGGAUAAAGUGAAUUUUUGGGUAUUCACUGGUAUCGGAGUAUCCUAUACAGCUAGCAGUGGCUUGCUAGGGCUUUCAAUAUGGGAGUAUCAUGGUACAGGAUGGGUACCACGUCGUACUCGUUCACAACUCACUGUGGCCGCUGGUAUAGCUGUAUUCUGUGCACUUUUCGCAUUUUUACUCUCUUGGAUACAUGGAAGAACUGGUGUGAAUUGCAAAUCACAAGCUCAUGAUCAUUCACAGAAUCAACUUUAUAAGCCAGUAGAUUCUACAUCAUCCGGGAUAACCCUGAAAGAUAAAAGUCCAAAGCCUGGCUCAGGCUGGGUAGUGAAAAAUCAAAAAAACAAGAAAAGUGUUGAUAGUGAAUCUAACACAACGAGUAAAGGGAACGGUAACUGCGAUAAAUACAAAUCGAGAAAGGACCACUGGGCAUCAGCAAGAGACGCCUUUCUCCCGCAGGAGGAUGAAGAGCUUCAGACAAUGCAGAGAGACGAGAGUGAUCUCGAGAAAAAGAGACGACGAAGAAGACGAGAUGGAAGUGGUUCCAGUGGGAAUGGUGUUGCUGGCAAGAGAGUGGAGCCAGCGACGGGGAGACGAGUGCCACAAAAGCUGCCCCUCAAACAAAUAGAGAGACCACAACCACGACGAACCAAUGCUGGUAAAGGACCGACUGUCAAAACAUCUAGGACUAGCACUAACAGCGAUUUCCAAAGCUGUUUAGCAGCCACUGUCAAAGAGUGGGAAAUGCAAGGAGCUACUGAGGCUGAACGUGUUGAUGCUGCCAAGGCCAUUGAAGUUGCUAUGUGGUCGAGUCAGUGGCGACAACCGCCUGAUGAUGUUCAACCGUGCUCCAGCAAAACUGUUGAUCCUUAUCCAUUCCCUUGAAUUUUGAAUCCUUCCAGCGAAUUAAGCAUGUUAUGAAUCAUUUGAGAAGAAAUUAAUCCAAUGACAUAUUGUACAAAGUAUAUCAAUGCCUUGUAAAUUGUGCUGCCGUCUACGUGUUUAUCAACUUUUUUUUUUCUUUUUAGACGUGGCUUUGUUUCGUUUAAUUUACGCACGAAAAAAAUUCAUCAGUUAACGGAACAGUCAACUCUUUUGGUAUUUACUUGGAGAGACCUCGGAAGUGAAAAAAUAAAUGCAUAAAUAUUGCCGGUAAGAUUUUUGUUUUUUCACCUCUAAUGCUUCUCAAUAAAAGACAUCAAUAGUUUUUUAUAUUUCUAUACAACUUAUUUCAAUGAACCAUUUUCUGUAAAAACUACAUAACAACGUUGUCUUUGUCCCCCCCCCCAUUGAACAAAAUUUUAUAGAAAAUGUGAAAAUUUAGAUCCAACGAUUUUUAUAGGAAAAUAUUUCAACAAAAUAAAUUAUGUCGAAAAACUUG